UGUUCUUUGAUUGAAAAUGAUUAGUUUUAAAAGUGAAAUUUAACCACGUAAUAGCAAAAAUGAAUUUAAACUUUGUAUUGUCGUUAAGCAUUGUUGUAGUUUUAAUAUCUACAACUUUUGGUAAAACUUAUUUGGAAGGUGUAAAAGGUGAUGAAGAUAAACUAUUAUAUCGGCGGUUUGUAAAGGCAGCUGGAACUCCAUUAGGCCAUGCAUAUCGUGAAAUUGUGUAUCCCGAAAAAGGUGAAUCAGGUGGUCCAAUUAUAACAUGUAUCAAUGCAACAGAUUUAUCUAGGCCCACAUCGAAAAAAGGUGGAAAAGUGAAUUUAUUUUUGGGUGGUGUAAAUAAGACAUUUGCCGUGUUAGAUUUCAAAUCAGCGCUUUCACGAGGAUUGGAUUUUGACGUUAAGAUUUAUGGACAUUAAUUUUAAUUGUCGUGUCUUUUAGCGAUAAGUUUUGUUUGAUAUUACUUUGUAUAUAUAUUUUUAAAAUAAAAUGGUUUUUUUAAUUUAAAA